GAAAUACUGAAGCUUCGCUCCACAAUUAGAUAAGCAGCUCAUCUUGCUUAACUUGACUUGGCCGACAAAUCUUUGAAAAAUCACGCCUCAGCACAGCAUCGAUAGACUGUUUUUAUUCACGACUACGAGCUACGUGUUUUAUCGAGGGCAAGGCUAGAGCAUCAGAAUACAGUCGCCACAUCGCCCUUCUCAAGUCGGUUGAGCGCGAAAUCACAAUGACAUCCGAAACGAAGGCGAACACGAGCCUCACUCAGCCGCACCCCCAUAAGGUCGCGCGAGGAAAUGCUACCAUCGCAAUGGGCGUUAUGUCGCUGAUAGCUUCAAUUCUCACCGGCUUUCUCGGCUCGCCGGUCUGGACGGAACCCUCAACACCCACAUUCAACAGUAAGGGACAACCAGAAGACCCAGUCAUAGUGAUCAGAGCUCUAGUUGUGUUUUUCUCGGGCAUACUCUGGAUAGCUGGGUUAUUUGCUUGGGUGGAGAACCUGAACAAGAUAUCGGCUGUUCUACGAAACAAUUCACUUAUCGGCGGUUUAGCGGCCGCAAAUAUCGGCAUAGUAUAUACUAUGCUAAUGUCUUUCCCGGCGACAUCAUUUCGCCAUUAUGUGAUUUAUACGUUAUGGCCGACACAUGUCGGGCUGGUGAUUGGGGCCUUGAUAUAAGCUGGAACCCUCAAUAUAGUUGUACUCAAUACUCUACCAUAACGAACUGUUGGCUCAGGAGACGUCGAUAUAAACCCAUUUCUGAGUGUCUACACGGCAGGAAUAAAAAUCGCCGCUGUUCCAUGGAACAUUAUUAAAGUCAGAACGGUUGCUGCGGGACGGUGACUCUGGACUCGUCUUGAUUCAACAGGCCAUAAUUUCAUAGGCAAUAUCAAGCAAGAGUGUUGAAACCGA